AUGAAUUUAUUUAUCUUAAUACCUCAACCAGAAAUCUUGCCCAUACAUAGCUUAUCAAGUGCCAGAAAUUCUGAGCAAGUAAUUUUUUUGAGCAAAUCAGCAACAAAAAAGACUAGCAGAAAAAAGAAAGUCUCACAGAAUGAGGAACUUUCUAGUUCUAAUAUUGAUAAAACAAACUCUGGUGUGAAAUUAUCUAAAGGUGAAGAUGGAUCAGAAUCAAAAACUAUAAAUCAUUCUAUCUUAUCAAUACCAGGAAGUGAUGUGCAAGCUAGAAUAGAAAAUUUACAAGAAUAUAAAAAACAGCUUCAAGCUAAAUCUUUAAAUCAUGGAGCAUGCUAUCUAUUCUCUUCCUCAUUAUAUUCACCUUUACCAUCCUUAUUAUCAUCUGAAUCAAAAGAUGCAUAUUGGGAUUGGGAAGGUAUUAGAGGAGAAAAUGGUGGACCUCUUGGCUGUCUAACUGGUUUGACAGUUUGUGAAGCUGGUGCUUGUGCUUUUUGA